AUGCAGCACCCCAAACCUUUCUAUGCGCCUACGGCUCCCCAAGAAGGCUUCAGCCCCCGGGGCCUGGAUGGCACCGAGGGGCCAGGCAGCCAGCCUGCUCCCACCUGCACGGAGCCUCUUCCUGCUGUGGGGUCCUCCAACCUGUAUCAGCCCCCAAACCCGGAGAAAGAGGUGUUUCCAGCCCCUCCGGCAGGUUUCCAGAUGGCACCCUGCGGGUGCUUCUUUGACCCCCGCAUCUACCGAAUCGAGUGGGCCACCACCGACUUCGGCCAGGCGUCCCUGUACAAGCUGACGGCAGUGGGCGGUGGGGGACCCCCCGGGGGUCUGGCUGAGGGCCCCGCUUCGCCAGGCACCUACCUCCUAGAGCCCCAGCACUACCUCAAGGCCCCGGUGCCGGCCCCACCGCCCCCGCCAUACCCACACUACCAGCCGCUGCCUGGGAGCCCCCAGUACCUCAUGCCCUACUUCCCACCCGAGGGGCCUGGGCCAGAAGCUCUGGGUUUUGUGGGGGAUGGGGGGCCCCCUGCCUACAUGGAGCUGCCUCCGCCCCUGCUCAAGGAAGGCCUGGGGCCAGCCCCACCACUGCCCGCACCGCCACCGCCACCUGUCCCCGAGGAGAACAAGCUGCCUCCCCUGCUCAUCACGCUCCCCACUGAGGCCGCGCUGCCCCCCGGCCCCUACGGCCACCUCAAAGGCCGCCUCAGUCAGUUCCACGGGCCCAGCGAGCCCCUGGCCUUCCCCUCCAAGGAGCUGCAGGGUGGUGGGGCCGGGCCGGCCCUGCUGUACCCGCCGGGCCCUGGGGAGCCCAAGGCGGCCGAGGCAGAGGCAGCCCCACUGGGGGCGGGUGAGGCCAGGAUCCCCGAGGCAGCCAGGACCUUCGUGCUACCUGAGAAGGUGCUUCUGGAAGAUGCAAUGAAGCUCUUCGACUGCUUGCCGGGCAGCGCUGAGCCCGACGGGUCCCCGCGCACGGCCCCUGGGCCUGCCCUGCCGGACAGCGGGGGUGGCGGGGACGACUCUUCCAGCGACAUCCGCUCGCUGCACCUGCCGGACGAGCUGCUGUCCUUUGACUACAGUGUGCCCGAGAUCCUGGACACCGUUUCCAACGUGGACUACUUUUUCAACUUCAAGGCCCUGGAUGAGGAGCCGCUGCCCCGCCCAGGGCCCCCAGCCGCCAACACCGUGGCCCCCGUGGUGCGGCCUGAGCUUCCCAGCAAGAAGAAGGCCGGCACCUCGUCCGCCAAGAAGGGCAGGCAGGGAGGCAAGGGCAAGCAGGCUGCGGGCCCGGCCAGCGCCACCCCCUCGGGGCCCAGGCAGGACCUGGGAGCCACCCCGCAUUAAAAUGGAUUUGACCUCUC